AUGUUUGAUUUACAUUCAAGGAAUAACUGUGGAAUGCCAGCACCUGAUGGAUGUGCUGCAGCAACAGUCCAUUCCAAUGUUGAUGCACUGUGUCUUUUUAUUAGACAUCUUUCAGCGUCCUUAAGUGUUUUGAAAAAUAUACAUUUUGAAAUGGCAAAUAUACAUGUAAGUUGCGACCCAACUGAUGAAUAUGAUGACGAUAAUUUUGAGGGAUUUUCCGAAGUAAGUGAAGGUGAACUGUCAUGCUUGAUGUUUAUUCAACAGGAAGAAUUAUAUAAUUCUGAUAUAUGUAGUGUAUCAAGUGAGGACAUAGUGAGUGAUGAUACUUUAGGAAAUCUUGAUGAUAGCUGUUUAUUCAUGGAUUCAAUCAAUAUUGAUGUAUUUGAUGAGUUUAUUGUUGAUGAUAAUCAGGUAGAUGAUGAUGCUGUUCAUGAUAAUUGUCACUAUGAGAUACAUGUGUCAUCAGCUGAUGGGAUGACUGCAAAUCCAUCAGAUAGCCUCCUAGCUACUGACCCCUCCUCAGUUGAUCUGCAUAUUGGCCAUCUGGCUAGUGACCUCUCUGUCAACUCCUCAUUUACCCCACCUGAGAGCACCUCAGUUAGCCCACCUGUGAACCCCUCAGUUAGCCCACCUGAGAACACCUCAUUUAACCCACCUCAGAACCCCUCAGUUAGCCCACCUCAGAAGCCCUCAGGUAGCGAUCUUACUACACAACCAUCUGAGAACCCCUCAAUUAGCCCACUUACCACAAAACCAUCUGAGAACCCCUCAUUUAGCCCACCUGAGAACCCCUCAUUUAGCCCACCUGAGAACCAUUCAGUUAGCCCAUCUGAGAACCCCUCAGGUAGCCCACCUGAGAACCUCUCAGUUUGCUCACCUGAGAACCCCUCAGGUAGCCCACUUACUACACAACCACCUGAGAGCCCCUCAGUUAGCCCACCUGAGAACACCUCAGUUAGCCCACCUAAGAACCCGUCAAGUAGAGUAUCUGAGAACACCUCAGUUAGCCCACCUGAGAACCCCACAGGUAGAGUACCUGAGAACCCCUCAGUUAGCCCACCUGAGAACCCCUCAGGUAGAGUACCUGAGAACCCUCCAGGUAGAGUACCCGAGAACCCCUCCGUUAGCCCACCUGAGAACCCCUCAAGUAGAGUACCUGAGAACACCCCAGUUAGUCCACCUGAGAACCCCUAA